AUGAACAAUCGUUUGCUCAACGAAGGUGCUGACGGCACGUAUGUGCUAAGUCUGGACAACGACAUGAAGCCGCAUCUGAAGUUUUUGCUUGCGGUGCUGUCGUUGGUCUUCUCGGAAGGCGAGGCCAUCGACGACUAUUCACGUGGUCGUGAUGGUUUCGACUCGGCAGAUUUUGCCGGUUCAAACGCUGUGUUCCGUCGCCAAGCCUUCGACUCGAUCGGUGGCAGUCAAACGAAUACCCUGUACUCUUUCUUGCCCCCCUUGGCGUUCUGCCGUUGGGUGCUGAUUCUGCUGGCCAACCGCGCAGUCGACAACAACUACAAGAAGCGUGCGCAGGCAGGCAUGGUCUUCGUUGUCGUUCAUUUCGAUGAUGGCAGUUUUGAGGCCAUUCAGGCGCGCGUGACGGGGAUGCACAAGUCAUGA